UCCGCAGAGCUGAUACGGAAGACGCAGACACUAUGUUGUAAUACACACACAGCUCUGUUAAGCGCUCAGCCUGCGCGUGGAGCACCAACUUCAGUUAAACUACACUUAACGCGACUCUGGCUUUCUGAUAUAGUAUCGUAAGUUUGUAAGGUCCUGGGUAAGCGACAAAACAGAAAUUAUGGAUUUGUGCUGGUCAUGUGUGAUUCUCGCAGCGAUCGGAGUUUAUUUACUCACUCAACUCAUUCGCUUCAUCUUCGCUGACGCUGAUCUGACUUUAUUAUGGGCGGCCAAAGUCGGCAGCACACCAGAGUCAAAGUUGCAAGGGAAAGUGGUGUGGAUCACCGGAGCCUCCAGUGGCAUCGGAGAGGAGUUGGCCUAUCAACUUGCGGCACUUGGUGCUCGGCUAGUGCUGUCUGCCCGCAGGGAGAAUGAGCUGGAGAGGGUGAAGCGCUCAUGUUUAGAACGCUCCUCUCUAAAGGAUAAGGAUAUUCUUGUGCUUCCGCUCGAUUUGAUGGACCGCACAUCACAUCAAGAAAAAACUGCUACAGCGCUGAAGCACUUUGGUGAUAUAGAUGUGCUUAUAAAUAAUGGUGGUCGGACCCAGCGUUCACUGUGUAUGGACACUGGAGUGGAUGUGUACCAGGCACUUAUGGAGCUCAACUUCCUGGGCACCUUAUCUGUCACAAAGCAGGUGCUGCCCCACAUGACGCGCCGUGGUAGUGGUAUCAUAGCAACCGUCAGUAGCGUUGUAGGCUUUGUUGGGGCACCCCUGGCAACAGGGUAUUCUGCAAGCAAGCAUGCAGUACAGGGUUUCUUUAACUGUCUGAGAACAGAACUCACUGAUUAUCCACACAUCACAAUCAGUACCAUCUGCCCUGGACCCGUCAUAUCAAGCAUUGUUCAGAAUGCAUUCACUGAGGAGUUGGGAAAGCCUGUGACUUCAUCUGGUGAUCAAACACACAAGAUGUCAACAGAGCGCUGUGCCCACCUCAUUCUGGUAGGUCUGGCCAACCAUGUGAAAGAGAUGUGGAUUGCUCAACAGCCCUUUCUUCUUUUCUGCUAUUUGUGGCAGUACACUCCCACUCUGGCCUGGUACAUCACUAACAUUCUUGGCAGAAAACGCGUGCAGAACUUCAAAGCAGGACUGGAUGCAGACUCUGCAUACUUCAGCAAGCCAAAAGUCAAGACUACAUGAAUAUUUCACUUCAACAUACUCCAAAGAAGCACUGAUUUGUGAAUUCCUGGACAUUUAUUUGCAAAAGACUUUCAAAAAUCAACGUCACAAUAUUUCAACAUAUAAUUAAAUAAACAUAAGAACACACAUUAUGGUUGCUGUAAAAAUAACAAAGGUAAAUGUUAGCUUAAUUUUUUUGCUGUUUAUGUAUUAUACAUUAUGUUUGAAGUAUUUAAAAUAUUGGCCAUCACUUAUAAAUAGAAAUUCAUAACCUUGCAUUUUAUGUGAACAAAAGGAGACCGUUAAGGAUGUGUACAAAACAUCUGUAUUUCUCAGACAUAUACAUGCACACAUACACCGAUCAGCCACAACAUUAAAACCACUUGGAUAAUAUUGUGCAGGUCCUCCUCGUGCUGCCAAAAUAUUUCCAACACGCAGCUCAGAAUAGCAUUCUGAGAUAUUCUUCUCACCACAAUUGUACAGAGCGUUUAUCUGAGUUACCGUAAUCUUUGUCAGUUAUAACCAGUCUGGCCAUUCUCUGUUGACCUCUCUCAUCAGCAAGAUGUUUCUAUCUACAUAACUACCACUUACUGGAGGUUAUUUGUUUCUGGCAUCAUUCGGAGUAAAAUCUAGAGACUGUUGUGUGUGAAAAUCCCAGGAGAUCAACAGUUACAGAAAUACUCAAACCAGCCCGUCUGGCACAAUCAUGCCACAGUCCAAAUCACUGAGAUCAAAUUUUCCCCCAUUCUGAUGGUUGAUGUGAUCAUUACUUGGAGCUCCUAACUCGUAUCUGAUUGAAUUGAUGCACUGCUGCUACACGAUUGGCUGAUUAGAUAAUCGCAUGGAUGUGUUGGUGCCAGAUGGGCUGGUUUGAGUGUUUCUGCAACUGCUGAUCUCCUGGGAUUUUCUCACAUUUUCACACGCAACAGUCUCUAGAAUUUACUUCAGAAUGGUGCCAAAAACAAAAAACCUCCAGUAAGUGGUAGUUCUG